UAUAAGGAGCCCAGUGUCAGGGGCUAACCACUCCAUUGUUUGGGACACACACUUUUCGUUAUCGCCUCCAACUAGUUGAAAUAGUAAAAUAAAGUUAUAAAACUUUCUAAAAAUUAAAGUGGACGGAACUUUGUAAGAUUCAGAGAAUUCGUCGGAAUAAAGUAACCACUGAGAUACGGAUAUCAACUUGAAAAUGAGUUCUUUUGGCAAAAGUAGUGGUCAGAAUGCUGCAGUGGUGCCAACACCGCGAAGUCGAGGUGCCAACAGCGGUUCUGGGGUCACAGUGCGUUCCAAGUUAGCGGCGCCUCUAUCGACGCAGGCGGCGGGAACACGCAAAGCUGUUCACGGCGGAGCGGGCGAUGGAGGAACCGAUGCGGCUUGGAAGCAGCCCGGUCGUCGCCUGGCCAAUACGGGUCCACCUGCUCGGCUGGUCCAGCCAACCAUAGCCUCGUCCCUCAGGGCCAACACCAACAGGCAGACGGUCAAGCAGCAGUUCGAGCAAGCGGCUCUUGGAAAGGGCAGAUCGGUGGUUACACCGCCAAAGGGUACCGAACCGGAAGUCAAGAAGCAGCCCAAGCCCAAGGCUAUGACCCAAGCGGCUAAGCAGGCGGCCCGCGCUCGACUCUGGCCAACAAAACCGGCGGGCGGAGGCUUCCUCUCGAAUCUGCGCAAGGAUAGGCUUCCGGUGCCUCAGGAACCCAGUCCCUUGUCCGAAUACGAGGCCAUGCUGGAGGAAGCAGAGACCAAGGAGGCGAAACCAACAGAGCUCCUGGAGACGGGUAUCCAGACGAACGAGGCGGAGAUACUUGACCAUAAACUAGUCUUGGGCGGCUUAAAGAUAGUUUGCCCCUCAGCUCACCUGGUGGAUCAAAUUGAUCGGGAGAGGCGCGAGCUGAAGGCAAAGAAGGAGCGACAGUCGACGCGCAGGUUCGCGGCCCACGAGCAGCAGGAGGAACUGCAUCUGGACGAGCUGAAGGAGUUCUCCUUGCGCAAUGCCGUGACAAAGCGGACGCCCAAGAAGCCACCGCCGAUCCAGUACGCCCCCUAUGACAACCAGUACCAGAACGUGUUCAAGUCCAUGGACGAUUUCUUCAGCCGGGUCCAGUCUUCCGUGCCCAAAGCGGAAUCCGUGACCAACAUCCAGGAGCGCAUCAAGCGGAAGGAGCAGGAGCUGCUAAGCCUCUUCGACAACGUCGACCUAAACGAGUAAACACAACCCAUGAUAUUUAAAAUUAAUUGUGUCGUACCGGUAAAUGAAAGGUUCUUUUUUAAAAAGUA